CUGCGAACACCUCACCGCCUUCUCUCAACCACCCACACCUUUCUUGACAGCGUCACAAGCACUCAGUCAGCCAGCCAGCCAUCCAGCCUGCACACGCACCACCCCAGUUCCGUCGCGUACCCGGCGACUACCAUCUCGACACGUCCACCAAGGAGGUUGGCUGCGCUCGGCGCGUCAAAGGGCCAACAAAAAAAAAAAAUCUUCUUCCGGCUUCCCCCUACCACUUGGGGAGGGGUUUUUUUUUUAUCCCGGCAAUUCGAUACGGUUCGUGAGGCUGGACAUCCUCUUUCUUCCUUGUUGGCCUCCUCACCGCUCGCCAUGAGAAGCAUUAUGCUGGUCAACCAAGGCUGGCAGGCGGCGAAGUUGAGCUAGCCAAGGGAACCGCUUGAUUGCAAGUGCGAGGCUGACAAAGUUGACAAACCACCUUCCAGCCAGCCACCAGCCUGCUCACAAGCCUGCUCAGAAGUCCUGGGUUCAUGAUGGCCACACCACCAUCUGUCAAGGUUGCUCUGCUCGACAUCGAGGGCACCGUGUGUCCCAUCUCGUUCGUCAAGGAUGUCCUGUUUCCAUAUGCUCUGAGAGUCCUGCCCGAGACUCUUGACACACAAUGGGACAGUCCCGAGUUUGCCCCAUAUAGAGCAGCGUUCCCGGCAGAGCACGCAGCUUCGAAAGACGCUCUCUUCGCGCAUGUCCAGGAUCUCAUGGCGCAAGACCUCAAGAUCUCCUACCUCAAGAGUCUCCAAGGCUAUCUAUGGCAGAGAGGAUACGCGAACGGCGAGAUCCGGGCGCCGCUCUUCCCGGACGUAGCACCGAAGCUCAAGUCAUGGACAGACAACGGCAUUAAAGUCAUGAUCUACUCGUCUGGUUCCGUCCCGGCCCAGAAGCUUCUGUUCCAGCAUACAAGCAGCAGCCCCCCCGAUCUCAGCCCUCUCAUCUCGGACUGGUUCGACACGGUCAAUGCCGGCCUCAAGCAGGAAGCUACCAGCUACAAGAGGAUUGCCAGCAAGUAUCCCGAAAUCCCUGCGGCCGAGUGGCUCUUUCUGAGCGACAACGUCCAAGAGGUGGAUGCCGCCAUCAGCGCCGGUAUGCAGAGCAAGGUUGUCCAGCGGCCUGGCAACGCCGCCUUGUCCCCGGACGUGACUGAGCGCUUGCCUGUGAUAGAGUCAUUUGAUCUUCUCGACGACAAGACUUUGGCUGCCCACCACGCAGCGGUGCUUUUCUGAAGGAUUGUCAUAUAGAGAAAACCACAGAUACUGUAAAAUAUAAUCCAGUGCAAAAGAACGUCGGCUGUGCACUCCGUGCACCACGUGAAAAAUAGUGGCAAUGGAUGAGAUUCAAUGUUACUGCAAUAUGGAGGCAUCAGUAAUCUUAGAAUAUGGAUACUUGGUUCAGGCCUUUUUCGUGCAACUAUGAUAUUUUGGUCUCC